AUGGUCGAGUCGAAAUGGACUCGUCUCUUUAUCAUUACUUCCAUUGUCCAGACUUUCAUUACUAUAAUAAUUCAAUCACUUGUUGUUGGCCGAAACCAAAACGCUUCUUUAGAUUUUCUAGACAAGUGGCGAGAUACAUAUUCAAACAAUAAUAAUAUUACUGCCAACGAAUGCAAAACCAAUAUUGUGGGGCGUAUGACCAAUAUUGUUGGAGAAAAUAUCAUAAUUCUACUUUCCAAUAUAUUUUUAUUAUUCUUUAGUUAUGAUGCAAUUUUUAACCAGAACACAAUACAAAUAAUAACUGUAGUAGUAGUAAACUAUGCGAUAGGAAUAGUUGCUGCUAUACAAAUAGUAGAAAUUCAAAGAUGGAAAAACCAAGCAGUUGAAUGUGUACCAGGAUUCAGUAUCUUUGACUUUAAGGUGGAAUUGUACGAAGUACCAUCAGUAGUAAUAUUUUUGAUAUGUGCGACAACGAUGGGAUUCUUUACUUGGAAAUUGUAUCAGCAAUUUGGGUGGAAUAUUUACAAAAGAAUUGGCGCUGAUCUGGCUUGUGUAGUACUCUCAUCGACUGAAAAACUUAAAUCAUCAUUUUUGUAUUGGUUUCAUGUGGUAGUAACAGUUAUAAUAUUUAUCCUGCAAGCUCUCGCUUAUCGUAUGUUAAGGGAGGAAUCUGUUUUAGGAAUGAAAAUAUUUAUUGGUUUAUGGUUAAUACCGAUUGCCGACUUCAUAGCUCUUCUUAUAAAAUCAAUUGGCACAAGCGCACAGGAUAGACCAGAUAUUAACCAUUCUGCUUCUUUCAUAUCUAGUUGUUUUUGGUAUCAUAAUGGCACUGGUAAUAUACAAUGUUCGCAGGCUACGGAACAAACUUCAGAAGCGCAACCUCCCACAGGUCGGUGGGCAAUUGAUGAAGAUUGA